UCAGAAAACCAGACAGAAGGAAAUUGCAGUGAAAUGAAAGAACAGAAAGAAGUUCACCGCUGUUAGUUAGAAAGUGAAUAAAUAAAAAUAAAAGAAGGCAGAACAAUUGCGCUUGAACUAAGAAUAGAACGAAACAAGUUUUCUUAGCUUCAACCAAUUUAUCUUUCUUUCAAAACGAUAAGCAAGCAGAAUAAAUCGCAGAAAAAGAAGAAAAUGGAAAAACACUUUCACCCAAGCUCUGUCACUUUUAUUGUGUAAAUAAAGUGUGCAUGAAUAAUUGUCUUAUUAUAUUUCAAAUGGUGCAGACUUUGGUACAGACGAUGAAACGAUGAGAAACAUAAAUUAAAUUUACGAAAGAACGAAUUUAAAAAAAGAAACAAAAAAAGCUUUUAGUUUAGUCCCUUGUUGGGCUUUUGUGAGUGUGUGUGCUUUGCACAAAAAUAGUUUAUAAAAUAAGAUGUCAUCGAAGUUCAUCAACGUUUGCCGAUGUAAGCAGAAGCAAUUGCAGAGAAUUUAUGUUGUUGGUGUGCUCUCAUUCUUACCUCCGAAAGCCCGUUUCAACCCUCUCGAUACCUUCAAUGAAAAGUGGUUUUGGUAAUCGAGAGAAUAAAGGAGAAUCUGUAUGCAACGAAGAAGCUGGUGUAGCACUUGUUGGUGUUCGAUCAGAAUAUCCCAGGUACAUGGAGGAGCGAGGCUUGGGAGGCGGCAUUUAUAGAGGUGUCUCAGAUGAUAAAGGUGGAAAGCAGAAACCAAAUGUCGGAUACCGUCUCGGUCGAAGAAAAGCGCUCUUCGAGAAGCGAAAGCGUAUCAGUGACUACGCCCUCGUGAUGGGAAUGUUUGGAAUUAUUGUUAUGGUUAUUGAGAAUGAAUUGAGCAGCGCGGGAGUAUAUACGAAGCACGAGUUCUAUUCAACUGCACUGAAAACGCUGAUAUCUGUAUCGACUGUGAUUUUACUGGGACUUAUAGUAGCUUAUCAUGCUUUGGAAGUGCAGUUAUUCAUGAUUGAUAAUUGCGCCGACGAUUGGCGUAUCGCAAUGACAUGGCAACGAAUAACUCAGAUAGCAUUAGAGUUAGUUAUAUGCGCAAUACAUCCCAUUCCAGGAGACUACAAAUUCAAAUGGACAACGAAACUGUCCAACAAAAAUAAAGAAUUGGGAGAGGCGAUCGUUCCGCUGGAUGUGGCGUUAUCAUUGCCAAUGUUUUUCCGAUUGUACCUGAUUUGUCGUGUUAUGCUGCUACAUUCGAAACUUUUUACCGAUGCCUCGUCGCGUAGUAUAGGUGCAUUAAAUCGUAUUAACUUUAACACUAGAUUCGUUUUAAAAACUCUAAUGACAAUAUGUCCCGGUACGGUAUUAUUAGUGUUUAUGGUUUCACUAUGGAUAAUUGCCUCGUGGACGCUUCGUCAAUGUGAAAGGUUUCAUGAUGAUGAACACGCCAAUUUACUCAACUCAAUGUGGCUGAUUGCGAUCACGUUUUUGAGUGUGGGCUUUGGCGAUAUCGUGCCUAACACUUACUGUGGUCGAGGCAUUGCCGUCAGUACGGGCAUUAUGGGUGCCGGUUGUACAGCAUUGCUUGUUGCGGUUGUUUCUAGAAAAUUGGAAUUGACUAGAGCUGAGAAGCACGUUCACAAUUUCAUGAUGGACACUCAACUAACAAAGAGGUUGAAAAACGCAGCGGCAAAUGUUUUGAGGGAGACUUGGCUCAUUUACAAGCACACAAGAUUAGUGAAGCGAGUAAACCCUGGUCGAGUGCGAACACAUCAAAGGAAAUUUCUGCUAGCCAUUUAUGCACUACGUAAAGUAAAAAUGGAUCAACGAAAACUCAUGGAUAAUGCGAACACAAUUACGGACAUGGCAAAAACUCAGAAUACUGUGUACGAAAUUGUUUCCGAUAUGUCAACGCGACAAGAUGCCUUAGAAGAAAGAAUAUCGAGCUUGGAAGAAAAAAUUCAAACAGUUCAGGAGCAACUUGAAUCACUUCCUGAAGUUCUUACCAGAUGUCUCACCCAACAUCAAGACAGAGUCGAUCAGAGACGGAACUUUCUUCACCCCGACACCGCAAUGCUGGCAGCAUCAUCAACAGGAGGCUUGCAAUCGCAACCACCCACAAUAGGUUCGCCUUUAUUUCCACAUUCUAGAAGCAUUCCAUCACCAAACACCACUCAAGCCUCAACUUAUCAAUGGCCCAGUAGCCCCAUACUGCCACCCGUCUCCAGCCGAACACCUCAUUUAGUCCCAGAUACAGUGACACCAUCAUCAUCACAUCAGAUGGCCAUAGCAAAUUCAGCUCAUAACAACCCAACACAUAAUCAUCAUCAUAAAAGCAGCGGCAGUUGAAUCUCAGAUUAUGAUAGCGAGACGUCGAGUAAAAAUCUUUUUCACAGCACUUUGCAAACUAGUGUGAGUAGUGGUAAUGGAAGUUUCAGUAAAUUCACACGUCAAAGGGAACGUGCAUCACGUAGCAUAGAUAAAUCUUAGAAUAUUUAAAGAAAAGUGUAAUCCGUUAUCGCAAAUCUAAACAACUUCUUUCAAGCCUCCAUCUUCUUGAAAGAAUGAAAUGCGUCAAUCAAUAAACAUUAUUGAAAAAUUGGAAGCACACAAAUAGGAUUAAAAGUCAUUGAAAAGAGAAGAAAGAGAAAUAAAUAUAAAAGAUUCAGAAGAACUUACCACCAUAUGGGUGACAAUGGAAUUUCAGGGUCGAUUAAUUUGAUACUAUACGGUUGUGAGCCGAUCACACGAAAAGACAUAAAAGAAAAAUAAGAGACAUGAAACUUACUCAAAUAUGAAACUGAAAGCUUUCUCACAAAUCAGGAUAAUGAUUGACAGAUAAGUGAAAGAUAAACUUCCUGUCGAAUCCUCUUAGAAUGUUUGUAAAUUUUGUCACGUCGAAGAAAUCUACUUAUUGAUGAACGAUAAAAGGAAAGAAUGUUGGAAAUGCUGAAUUGGAAAUCUUUUUAUGAAAAAGAAAAAUUUUCUAUCUUUCAGCCGCCAGAAUAAAGUCAUGACGGAAUUCACAAAUUCAGUUAAGAAUUUUCGGAAGUUAUCUCUAACCCGCUACCGAAUUUCGAGGAACCAAAUUUUGAGCUGUUUUUGAUAUUCAAAGAAUAUAGAAAGCAGAGUAGCUGCAUAGAAAAGAAACAUCGUGGGCUGACUAGGAUUAAACGACCUUCUUGGAAGAAGAAAAAUUCAAAAUCUUAACAAAAGUAAAUAAAUAUAGAAAAAUCAUUUUUUAUGUUUAUAUUUUUAACUUCAAACAAGUCUAGUCAGUCUACAAGAAUGAAAAGCUUUACAUAGAAACAAAAUCCUACGCAUAACAUAAUUAAACUUAUUGCGUAGUUUAUGAAAAAGUCAACAAUUCUAUUUAGAUUUAUAUAAAUGAACAUCCAUAAAUGUCACAAUGUCAAAAUCACAACAUAUUUGAAAAAAAGAGAGUUUUGGUGACAAUCCACUUUUUGCUAUAUCUAUGUUCAAUUUCGAUAUAAAUAUUAAAAAUUUCAAUCUCCCUUGAACAUAUUUUCAAGAGAUUGUCAACUGAUGUUUUGGAUAAGUAAGUAACUUCUUUCAGCUUUUAAAUUAGCUUUGAAGCAAAUCAGUAGCAUAAACAGAUACAUAACUAGGUAUUUUAGUAUCAUGUUUUGUUAUCAAACUUGGUGCCUCCAAAAGGAAUAUAAUUAAAUUCUUCACUUCAUUUCAUAAACAAAAGUCAUUCAAAAUGACGUUAUUGAAAAUCUGUUCAUUUAAAUUAAUUAGACAUUUAAUAAUGAAAACUUUUAAUUAGAUAUUAAGUAGGAGAAAAUGACAAUGUUAUCACACACGAUACUUUGCUGAAAUAAAAACAAAUGAACAAAUCUAGGAAAUAGCGAAACACGCAUCGAUUUAGGACAGAAGUAGAAAUAGAAAACGAAUUCAACGUGAAUUAAAUGUUGAAGUACUUAACCUAAAUAGUGACAUUUCAUCUGCGGAAACGCACAGAUUUAUCAAAUGAUUGUGGUGAAAACGUUUUGCAAAAUUAAUAAUUGCGGUCUACUGAACUUUCGUCGAUACACAAACAACACGAUCAUAUUUAUAUUAAUAGAAGCAUUUGAAUUAAAUGAAAAAAAACACACAAUGUGAUAUUAAUUCUUAAAAGUUGAGACUUAUUUUUCUUAUCAUUAUUUUUGUUUUCGAAUAUGAUCAGAAUUUUGUUUUAAGUUUUUCUGUUCUCUUAUUUAUUAUGUCAGUAGACUAAAGCCAUUAAACAUUGUGACACUCGAACUUUGAAGUUUUGUAAAGUAUUUUUUACUAGAAAUUCUUUACUUCAUAAGGUAAGAAAUAUAAAUGAUAACAUUUAGAGACAUUGAGAAAUUCACAUUUAGCACUGAACUAUUGAUUAAGCGAAGAUUUUGUGUUUCCUUUAAGAAAGCUUCAAAUAAAUGCAAAUAGUCAAUAAAUGAGAAUCACUGCACCAACCAAGAUUUUUUCCUAAAAAAUAUUUACGUAAUUCCCAACCAAAAAAAUUGCAUAAUUACAUUAUUCUUAAAUAUAUUAAAAAAAUUAGCAUUAUGAUAAAUUAUAGAAAUAUCUUCCCCUGACCAAUCCAUAGUCAGUUUUCACUGUCUAAAAUCCACUUCAAAAGUAUCUAAAUAAAUUUCAGUCGAAACUAUGAUGAUGACGAUGAGGAAAUAAGUAAAAUUAAUGAACAUCAUUUAUAUUUUUGAAACUUGCUUCGAUAUCUACCCUUCAAUGACUGUAAGAAACUCGAUGAUUAGAAAUAAAAAAAAUUGUUAAGUUGUAUCUAACAUUAAUAGAAAAGAAGAAAAACAAAUACAGA